GAUGGGGCGAGAGAAGAGACACGGGAAAGAUGCGCACUUUGCGUGUUGAGGGAAUAAAAUUUCUCCUUCUCUUUUGCAAUAAAGUGUGUCUAGAUUUUUUUACAAUAGUUUUCUUACCAAGUUUGAAACCCGAAAUGCCGUUCACAGUGCAGUGAUUAUUCGUAAUAAAGUAAAAAUGAAGACGUAGAGAGGGUUAUGGGGUUCGGCUUGCGGUAAACGGAACUGAACAUUGUGAAGCCACGGUAAUUGUGGAUAUUCCGUGGAUGAUGUCGAAGAUGCGGCAAAGAAGAGAUGUAUCAACGACGGAGGAGCUUUGUCUUUAUACAGCGUAUUUCGGCUAGAAUUUGUCAGUGAAACCGGUACAAAUGAGUGUUGAUAUAUGGCGGCGCGAGUAUUUUUGCUCAGCAUCUUACUUACAGAAGCUUUAAGAACCGCCUGCUUUGAAGGUGUAAAAGGAGUGAACAUAAGUCACGGAGGAUUAAACUUGUCAAAACCCGAAAUCUUAGAACUGGAGCGAAACGGGGGGCUAGGUGUUAGACUGGAGGAAGAGCCCAAUGGCAAUAUUGUGGUUGGCCGAAGAGGAGCGAUUCUCAAUUGUUCCAUAGGAAAUAACCAAAAUGUAUCCUGGUUACGGAAUGGAGUGGCAGCGCCUCCGUGCGGCCUGGUACGAUGCAAACUGCGUAAUGGUUCUCUACACUUCCUGAAGAUGACAAGAAAGAGUAAAGAACAAGAAAGCCGCAAUAGUCCAAGUGAUAAAAUUCAAGGAUUGGAGUCUUACCGUUGUGUGACUAAAAAUGCUGUAGGCUCACUAAGGUCUUCCCCUGCAUUUUUACAGAUUGCUGACUUAUCUCGAGAAUUUGACGAAUCGCCACAAGAUUUGAUCGUACAUGAGGGGGAAGUAGCCAGAUUUUCUUGUUACAUCAGUAGCAUUCCAUUUCCACCAAACAUUACUUGGCAGCAUAAUGGACAGUUUUUACCCUAUGUUCGUGGAAAAAAAUAUUUCUUGGUAUCACCAGGUGUUCUAUAUAUAAGUGCAACGAAUCUAUCUGAUGCUGGUUCAUACAGAUGUGUAGUAAAUAACAAGUUUUUAAAGAAGACUAGAAAAAGCAAAGAAGCGCAACUGCACGUUAUUCCCAAAAUUCAAGAAAAAAGAUCAGAUUUACCUGUUAUCCUUUUUCCACAAAUUUCAAAUAGUUAUCAGCUUAUUGCUGGGUCUGAUCUGAUGCUAGUCUGCGCCGCAUCGGGUUUUCCAACUCUUGUAACUUGGACAUUUGUUUCUCAGUUCCCAGAUGGUGCCGGUUCCAAAGAGCCGCGUGUGCUCCUAAAUUCCACAGGCAGUGUAGCAGCGUUAAUGUUAGAAGAGCUUACCAUAGCGGAUGCAGGCAUUUAUGAUUGUUCUGUAAAAAACUCCAACGUGACCCUCCAGACUCAGAAUAUUACAAUAGACGUCCUAAUACCACCAACUUUUGUAAAGAAACCUACCAAUCAAGUACAGCCUAGUGGAAGAACAGUCCGGUUCGAAUGUCAAGCCGAAGGACGUCCUACGCCUCAAAUUUACUGGCUUAAGGAUUCUGUCAAUAUCACUAUGAACCCUCGGGAAAAAACAUUCGUGAGUGACAAUAAUAAAGUGGGACUAGUAAUCUCGUCCACAGUUCCGUCCGAUGCUGGCAUUUACCAGUGUGUCGCGGUGAAUGUUGCUGGAGAAAUUUGGGCGGCUGGUAGGCUCCAGGUCACCAAGUCACCGCAACGCCCCCCUAUUCCUACAUCUUUAAAUUGUCACGCCUUGUCACCAGAUAUAAUUCAUCUAUCUUGGAAAAUACCACAAACAAUGCCAUUCCCUAAUGUUGACUCAUAUUUCACCGUUCACUAUGCUCUUGCAGAACCAGGCAGCCAAGAAGACAUUGCCUUACCCGAACCAAAUUCAACAUUCGUUGAAGUUAAAUCGCUGGUGCCAUUUACUAAUUAUACAAUGUACGUCCGGACAUGGAACACAUAUGGAUCUAGUGAACAAUCAGCUUCUGUUAAUUGUGCAACUGCUGCAAGUGGUAUGGCAACAAAUGAUGCAAGGCUAAAUUUGUCGAAUAAAUUUGUUCCAAUAGCUGCUCCAACGACAAAAGUCAAGGUGAUUAGCCCUACCAAACUUGAAGUAUCAUGGGCACCGCUAAAUAAGACAGAGGCACGAGGGUUUAUACUGGAAUAUAAAUUACAAUGGAGGCUUCAACAUCAUCCCUCGUCCAGAGUUCUCCAUCUCCCAUCGGCUGUUAACCAAUAUACUCUCACUGAUUUGGUUCCUGGCGCAUCUUAUGAGAUUCGAGUUUUAGCUCGAACAGAUCGAGGCUGGCCCAAUGUUAGUGAUUCGCAACUAGGCUGGACCACUGCUUUGAUGCCCUCAACUAACUCCAACGAAGUCCCGCGGACAGGUCUAUUGAAUCUCAAUGUGGCAAACAUCAACGCAUCAACUGUCAAGCUAAAUUGGAAUAUGAAUGAAGAAACAUCAGGGUGGGAAGAUGACUUUGAUUUGUGGCAGUUGUACUACCAGAAUGUUGUCGGAAAGAAGCUGACGACUACUUAUCUGCCUAAGAAUUGUACAGAGUACAUACUUACAGAGCUUGAAGCUGACGCAUCGUAUGACAUAGGAUUGUGUAUGAUCAGUUCUGGGAAAUUAUUGGAAUGUUUUCAAAUGUAUUUGGAUUCAAAGAGACUCAGCGAAGAUCAUACUCUGACUAAUCUGGAAGGGGUUCCUAUUUCAUCCACUGCUAUUAACGUAACGUGGUCUGCUGCCCCUUCUCACCCGGAGCAUUGUUACGAAGUGUGUUACAACACUUUCCACCCCACAAUUCCAGAACCAUUGCAGUGUUUCAACACAACAAACAUGACGGUGACAGUGCAUCAUCUAAAACCGUUUACAGUAUAUCAAUUCAAAGUCAGAGUCCUGUAUAAAACAAGCGAACAAGGUGGCUCGUACAGCAAAGAUAUGGAGUGUCGGACAAAGCAAGAUAUUCCAGGUAACGUUAGGGAGAUAAAAUGGUUUCUAUCCAACAUUACUGAGGUUGGCAUUUCGUGGAAACAGCCAAGUAAAACAAAUGGAGAGAUACGCAACUACACUAUUUUCUACACAACUGAUCCUUUCACUACACCCGUGAAACAUUGGGCAAAUAUAACUGUACCUGGAACAAAUAAAACUGCAAAAUUGCUACGUCUUAUUCCAAGUACACGAUACUUUCUAGAAGUACGAGCUGCUACCGAUGCUGGAUAUGGAAAAACUUCGGACAGAAUCAUUUUCCACACAGGUGAUGUUCCAAAGAAUUCUACCGAUCCUUUACAUGGGGACAGCCCGUCUUCCACUCUAGGAACAGAUCAAAGUUUUGGAAUCAUUGUUGGUGUAAGCAUAAGCACCUGUUUCAUUGUUAUUUGCCUGAGCAGUAUAUAUUUUCGAAAAAAGUGGGAAAAUACACAAUCACCCCAGGAAAGUUUACAAUCGUUAAAAGAUCGUGGUAUAUUACGCAAUGGAAAUGGCCGCUGUGCAGAGAGAAAUUCAAUUGGCGGCAACCAACAUGCACGUGCAGCGUCGACCAUAAAUGAAAUUGAACUAACCACCCUGUGUCCAGCCUCAUCUAAAUCCGCAAAUUCUCAUAUAGAUACUAAGGGGGGUUGUUCUAACGGCAUUGUUGAAUGUUGCAUGAAAGAUUCCCUUCUGACACCUUGGAACAUAAAUGAUGACAGUAAAGAUCUGGACAUUACCUCAAAUCCUCAGUUUGAUCGAAAAGACAGCACCAGCUCGAAUCAACAGCCUCGGCAGGAUUCAGAUGGCACGAGGAUGACGAUGUUAAAUUCUACAGUGGCAAGCAGCUGUAGCAGCUUAAACAAUAAUUUUGAAUGUUUGGAAAACUUGUUGUCUCUCCAGCAAGUGCCAUCAACGUCAGUUCCCGUCGUUGCUCCCAAUGGGUGAGAACACCUUCAGAUUUAACGAAUGAUGUAUUCCGUGUCAGUGGAAUAAUAAUCAAAUCGUAAUAAUGAGAAUGCUCAUGUUACUCUAAAUCGCCUCUGAGCUGGCGUCAAACUAAUAUAAUAAAUGUGAGUAUGCAGGCUGUAUGCUCUGAAGAGAUGAUCUUUGAUACUAUUGAAUGAGGGAUAAUGUGAAGUUGUUUAGUAAGCUAAGAAAAGAACGAUUUAGUAUUGUACCA